AUGGAUUUGGAUCCAGAAAAAAAUAAUAAUAAUAUAAAAGUGGAGGUUAAUAAGCCUAUUAUUAAUUCAAUAACAUCAAUAAAGAGCAAAUUGAUUGCUUUAAAUUCAUCCAAAGAAGUUGAUAGAAGAUUUGAAGAAUUAUGGAAUCCACUACUUCAAUCACCAAGAUCGAAAUGUCCUUAUGAUAUUAUGAAUAUUAUGGAUGAUGACAAAAUUCCUCAAUUAGAGUUUAUAAAAGAUAAUAUAAUUCAUCCAAAUGUGAAAGGACCAAACCUUUUAGAGAAUUUCGCAUGUGCUUGCGCGGAUAAUUGCCAGAAAACAGCUGUGUGUCAGUGUAUGUUGAUCGAUGAGGAAACUCAAGGUGAAGGAUUUCCAUUUGAGAAUGAUAGAUUAUCAAGAUCGGACAUAGGAGCAAUCUAUGAAUGUAAUUCUCGAUGUAAUUGCGAUAUGACUUGUCCAAAUCGGAUCUUUAAAACUAAAGAAAAGGGGUGGGGUGUUAGAACAUUCCAAUUCAUCAAAGAAGGUGAAUUCGUUAUGGAGCAUGUUGGAGAAGUUAUUGAUGCUAAUAUCGCAUCGUUGAGAGCCGUUUGUUAUGAUAAAUUGGAUACUAUGAGUUAUUUUGAUUUGGAUUAUGAUUUUGAUAAAAAAGAAAGGAGACAAGUACUUUCACUAGACUCUAAUUAUUGGUGUGGAAUAAGCCGAUUCCUUAAUCAUUCCUGUAAUGCUAAUUUGAUAACUAUUCCCUUCUUUGUAGAGAAUAAAGACAAGAGAUGGCAAAGAAUAGCUUUUUUUGCACAAAGAGAUAUCAAAGCAUUUACUGAACUUACAUUAGAUUAUAAAAUUGAAACCGAGGAAUUUAUUUGUUAUUGUGGAUCACAAUAUUGUAGAUAUACGAAGAAUAAGAAAAGUAAUUGA